AUGGAUUGGUCGUGGUCCAGUUCCUUCAUUUGCCCUUCAGAUACACCGGGAAUACAUGGCUGGGAGACCGCUCAGCUUAACGAUCCUGGCAGUGCGCGGCCGUCCCGGGAGGUACUUCCAUUCUACCCGAGCACUGAGCUCCAAUAUGGCAAUAUAGAUGGACCUCUUGAUUUCUGGCCAAAACUUGACUCUGCUCUUGUGGAGUAUGACGGUACAGAAUGCAUGGCGGGCGCUGGAACGGCGCAUGCAUCAUUGAGCCUCUUUGGCCCGGAACAUCAACCUAUCAUCCCCCGCGAUGCUGAUUCUGGAUUAGCUUUGAGCCAUUUACCAAAGCCGGCUGGCGAGCCAGUGGGACUCCCGCCCAAAACGAGGCAUAUUGGCGAAGGCUUAGAAAUUACAUCUUGCAAACAAGGGCAAAAUGUGCCCAUUUUCGUGCAGGUCGGUGCUCGUGAGGCACUCGAGAGCACAUAUAGCUCCCAGUGCUUUCAAGUGUGA